CCUCGUCCGCGAGUUGACUUGUUUUCUUUUUCCUCUUCCGCGUCUGCUGCCCCGGCUCCACGUUAACGUCACCCACCCUUUUUCCUUAGAGAGCCAAUGAGGCGAGAGCAGAAGGGCGGCGCGGCCAAUGAGAGCGCCCGGCUGCCAGCGGGGUCGGGCCUGGGGGCCAAAAGAAGCCAGGCGGGGAGCCGGGGUGUCGAGUGAGCUGGCCGGCCGGGCGAGGGGCCGCUUGGGUCGGCCAUGUCGCGGUGGUUCUUCCCGUGGUCGAGCUCGAUUAAGAAGCGCGCCUGCCGGUACCUGCUGCAGCACUACCUGGGGCACUUUCUGGAAGAGCGCCUCGGGCUCGAGCAGCUCAGCCUCGACCUCUACGCUGGCGCCGGACGCCUCAGCCGCAUCCACCUCGACGUCUGGUCCGUCAACGAGUUUCUGGAAUCUGUUGGAGCACCCCUGGAAAUAGUUGAUGGAUUCAUUGACAGCAUCGCCGUCACUAUCCCGUGGUCUGCCUUGGUCACAGAGAACUGCACUGUGGAAGUGAGUGGCCUGCAGAUCACGUGCCGGCCAAAGUACCGCAGCGCUGCUCCCGGCUCAGAGUCGCAGAGCUGGGCAUCAUGCAUGACCACAAGCAUGCAGCUGGCGCAGGAGUGCCUGAAGGAGCAGGCUGAAGAGCCCUCUGACACCCCCCAGCCCCUGGAGGGCCUUGAGAUGUUUGCCCAAACCAUUGAAACUGUUUUGCGAAGGAUUGAAGUAACCUUUUUGGAUACAGUGAUACGUGUGGAGCACAUGUGCAGUGGUGGGCAGGGCAGCAUAGCCCUUGAGGUGCACAUCCGAAGAGUGGACUACUGUGAUGAAGCUGUGAAGGACCCUGGACAGGCACUCACUGUUGACAUCCACCAGCCGCCGCCCUUUGUGCACAAGAUCCUGCAGCUGAACGGGAUCCUGCUUUACUAUGAGGGGUUUGCAGAUGGGGAUGCCCCCCGCAUGCCGUCCCCUGUCCCAAAGCAGGCAGCCCAGUCGUCCCAGGAGUCCCAGGUGGCGGCAGCACCAGAGGCAGAGGCAGAGGCAGCUCCCUGCAGCCCUCUGCUUCAGAUUGGCAGCUGCUCUGGCUACACCGAGAUGCGGAUCAAGCUCAAGCAAAAUGAGGCCUUUCCUGGACCCAAGCUGGAACUGGACGGGAAGAUGGGAUCACUGCACCUCCUGCUCGCCCCUCAGCAGAUCUUGUCUUUGCUAGAUCUUUUAUCUUCCCUGAACUUCUCAGAAUCCAGCCUCUUACAGGAACAGCUGAGCAAGAGCCGCCCCCUUGACUCAGAGGAUCUGAAGCUGAUAGAGCAGGACCUCAGCCAUCAGCUGCACUCGGGGCUGGGGGCAGCCACCACACGUCUGGAGGGGAUGGAGACCUACGUUGGGCUAGAGAACGGAGAUAUGUUCUUUUCCAUGGCACCCAUGACGAGCAGCGUGACAUCUGUGCGCUCAGCUGGCGAGCUGUCCGACAUCGACUUGGACUCCUCUGCUCACAGUGACGCUGGCACCAGUCGCCUGCAGGCUCCGCCUUUCGUGCCAGGGCUGAUCUUGAGUAGCCCCAGGCGUUACGGACAGUCACCCUUUGCUGCUACCAUGCCGUUCCUCAGCAAGAUAACAGGCAAGACUAGCCAUCCACCGCCCCCCUCGCUGGAGAGCCAGCGACCCGAGGUGCUGCUCCGGGUGGCGAUCGGAGGGCUAACGCUCACGCUGCUGCACCAGUCCCCAGGGCCUGCACCACCUGCGGCCCCCCACCUCCGCCUGGCUGAGCAUUUCUUCUCCGUGCUCGGGGGCCUGAAAGACUCUGCCUUCGGGGGCCGGGAUUUCCAUCCCUUGCGCAGGUGUUUUGAGGGCGCCUGUUCACAAAGCAACGUCAGGUUCACCGGGGCUGCCGUACAGAUCAGCUGCGAGCACAAGACUUCUGGGCAGCUGCAUGUGAUCAGCUGGGAUGCAACCUUCGGGCUCCUAGAGAUCUUGGAGUGUCUGUGGCCAGAGGGCAGCACACGACCAAAGCCGGAGUACACCGAGCUGCUGGCCUUUGCCACCCCUAGUGCCUUUCCUUACAGCCAGUCGCCUCUGCCUUGUGCCCGUCUCCACGCCAAGCACUCAGACAAGCAGCCUUCCUCCUCCAAGAGCCGCCUUGCCAAGGUCACUGCCAAGCAAACUGUGGAGCUGGUGGCUGAGCUGGCAGACUUCUGCUCAGAUGUGGACCUGGCAAUGCUUGACCGCCUUUGCUUGCUGCUCUGCUGUGCCACUGUGCCCUCCAUGCCAGCCUGGCCUCCUCCUGAGGCACACUUGGCAGAUUCUCCCCCUGCUGCCACGUGGCAGGCAAGCGUGCAGCUGGCAGCCCCCAAGGCCACCCUGCGGCUGCAGUUCCCAGUUCCAGACCUGCGCCCAUGGCCUGAGAGGCGGCCCUGGGCCGAGAAGGCAGUGCGCAAGGAGAGCUUACGCCUGGAUCUGGCUGGCGUGGAGCUGCGGGCAGAGCUCGGGCUGGCAGGCCUUACUCAGCUCGAGGUUGCCUUCAGCGACCUGCACGGUGUGUAUGAAGAUGGUGAGAAGCUCUUGGUGCCCUGCUUCCGGGUCGGCAAAACCCCUGACCUGGCAGCCAAAGUGCCAGGGAAAAAAUACCUCCUCCCCAAAAUCUCUCUGACUCUCCGUCCUCGGGCUCGUGAUGCCCCUUGGGGCCUGGCCCUAGCGAAGCCAGAAGAGAUGGAGCUCUCGACGGCCGAAAGCCCCUGUGAGCUGCAGCAGCCGGAGCCUUCGCCCUUCUCCUCCAAACGGACCAUGUACGAGACAGAGGAGAUGGUGAUCCCUGGAGAUGCAGAGGAGAUGGCAGAGUUCCAGGCGCAGACCCUGGAUGCCUCCCAGUAUGCCCUGGAGGUGACCUUCCCCACCAUGCACAUCUUCCUCCCCAGCAAGGGAUUCUAUGAGAGCAUCUACAACAGGAUCAAUAAUGACCUUUUGAUGUUUGAGCCCUUCAGCCCACCUCCCAGCCCCUCUGAGCCUCUUGGGGGUGCUGGGUCCACAACAUGCACGAUUGCUGGUGAAACACCCACAUCCACCCGUUGGCAGGAGAACUUCAAGAUGUGCAAAUCGGCCUUUAAGCUGGAUUCAGACUCUGAAGAAGAGGAUUCUCACUUCUACUCGGCGGAUGAGGCAGCUUUGCAGCGGAAACAGGAAGAGGAGCAGAGGAGUCUGUUUCCCCAGAGCUGCAUCUCUGUCGUGCUCUCUGUGGGGAAAGGGCGGGUCACAGCUCUGUGCGAUGCCAAGGGAGAGGGGGGCAAGAAGCUGGAAGGAUCUCACGGAGAGCUAGUCUUGGAUGUGGAAAGUGGCAGCCUCUUCACCGUCUCACAGUACAAGGGCCGUGAGGACCUCGGCUACUUCUGCAUCGAGGCAGAGAAAGUCACGCUUUAUCACAAAGCUGUAAUGGAGGACUACCUCAUGGCGGAACAUCUGGAAAUCCCCAACUUUUUGCCCCCUGAGGGGCUACACCCCACCAUCUAUGCCUCACAGGAGGGCCCCGUCACCUGGCCUUUGGGGAGCAAGAAGGAUGGGCCCCUGAAAAUGCUCUCCCUGGCAAUCCAGAUCAACCUGGAUUUGGAGAAGAACAUAAAGGAGUUCCUGGUGACCCUGCGCCUUGAAGGUGCUACCAUGCGCCAUCAUAUGGCACUGACCCAUCAGAGCUGGUACACACAGUUGAUUGACUUCUUGGAUGUUCUGGAUGACCCAAUCCUGGGCUUUGUGCCCCCCACAGUCAUUACGGUGCUGCACACCCAUCUCUUCAGCUGUGCUGUGGAUUACAGGCCUCUCUACUUGCCAAUUCGGGUCCUCAUUACAGCCGAGACCUUCACCCUCUCGAGUAACAUUAUUGUGGAUACAUCCGUCUUCCUCCUCCGGUUCAUUUUGGAUGACUCGGCUGUUUACCUCUCAAACAAAUGCGACAUGGAGACAGGCGACCUGAGAAGAGAUUAUGUUUGUGUGGUGGACGUGGACCUCCUGGAGCUGGUGAUUACUACGUGGAAGGGAGCUACAACUGGGAAGCUGACCCGGCCACUCUUUGAGCUCCGCUGCUCCAACAAUGUGGUUCACGUGCACACCUGCGCGGACUCAUGCGCAGCCCUCGCCAACCUCAUCCAGUACGUGGUCAACAACGGUGACUUGCACCCACCACCCCAGCAUGACAGCCCCACAGAGAUUGCUGGCCAGAAGGUGCAGUUGUCGGAGAGCCCAGCAUCGCUGCCCUCCUGUCCGCCUGCCGAGACUGCAGCCAUCAACCAACAAGACCUCACCGAUGCCCUCAUUGACACAGAGCGCAGCCUCCAGGAACUGGCCGGUGAGACUGGUGAUUUCGGGCCCAGGCGGCAGCCGUCCCCAGUUUCUGUGUAUCUGUUCCCCGGGGAGAACGGAGCUGCGGGCAAGGGAAAGGCCCCAGCCCCACCACCUGCCCCUGUCGGGGAGGGGCUGGAUUUCAGCCCUUCGGAGGACAGUGAGGGCGAGAGUGAGGCCACAGACGACUUCUGCAUCCUGGACGCCCCAGGCACAGGCAUUCCGCCCCGAGGCGGCGAGCCGGUUGUGACGAGGCUCUCGGAAGGGCCCAUUCGCAUCCAGGAGGGACACUUUUCCCGGCCGCUGGGGAGCACGGACUUGCUGAAGGCCCCCUCGCACUUCCCUGUCCCCGAGAGCCGUGUGAUGAUUAGGGAGAUCUCGGUGGUCUGGCAUCUCUACGGUGGCAGAGACUUUGGCUCAGGGCGCUCUGCCUCUGGUCACGCCCAUUCGCCCCGAGCAAGGCCGUGUCAUUCCAGUGCCCGCUCCUCCCCCUCCCGCUCCUCAGUCACCAACCGGCCCCAGAACACCUGGCGGGCACAGGGGGGCACCAGCCGCAUCCACGACCUGCUCAUGGAGAUCCAGCUGACCAAGGUGAGCUUCCAGCAUGAAACGUACCCCAGCGGCACGUCCGAGAAGCCAUCCGUGGAGCUGGUGGAGCAGCCCCUGGCCAGGCAGGUGUUCAUCGUCCAAGAGCUGGAGAUCCGGGACCGCCUGGCCUCUUCGCAGAUCAACAAGUUCCUCUACCUGUACAGCAGCGAGUCCAUGCCUCGCCGCGCCCACUCCAACAUGUUCACCAUCAAAGCCCUUCACGUCUGCCCCGACGCUGGUCUGGGGGGGCCCGAGUGCUGCCUUCGGGUCUCGCUGAUGCCUCUGAGGCUCAACAUCGACCAGGAUGCCUUGUUCUUCCUCAAGGACUUCUUCACCAGCGUGGCGGCCAGCAUUAACCCGGUCGUGCCCUGCGAGGCUGGGCCUGACGGUCGCGUGGAGUUCCUUGGGAAGGAGCCUGAGGGCGCAGAGGGUGAGAUGACGGCUUCACUGGAGACAACGGCCAGUGAAAUCAGCUCCGUGUCCAACGCCUCCUCGUCCUCCUCGGAGCAGCCCAUCUACUUCCGAGAGUUCCGGUUCACCUCUGAAGUGCCCAUCUGGCUGGACUACCACGGCAAGCACGUGGCCGUGGACCAAGUGGGCACGUUUGCUGGCAUCCUCAUUGGCCUGGCGCAGCUCAACUGCUCUGAGCUCAAACUCAAGAGACUCUGCUGUCGACACGGGCUUCUGGGCGUGGAGAAGGUGGUGAACUACGCGCUGACUGAGUGGCUGACAGAUAUCCGCAAAAACCAGCUGCCAGGCAUCCUGGGGGGCGUGGGGCCCAUGCACUCUGUGGUGCAGCUCUUCCACGGCCUCCGUGAUCUCUUCUGGCUUCCCAUUGAACAGUACCGCAAGGACGGGCGGAUCAUCCGUGGCCUGCAGCGUGGUGCUGCCUCCUUCGGCACCUCGACUGCCUCCGCUGCCCUCGAGCUCAGCAACCGCCUGGUGCAAGCCAUCCAGGCCACAGCAGAGACAGUCUAUGACAUCCUCUCCCCCACAGCGCCCCCAGUGAUGCGCCCCCUCCUAGACAAGAAGAACACCCGCAAGCUGAGGCGUGGCCAGCAGCCGGCGGACCUGCGCGAGGGGGUGGCCAAGGCCUACGACGCCGUGCGAGAGGGUGUCAUUGACACGGCCCAGGCCAUCUGUGACGUGGCAACCCGUGGCCAUGAACAGAAGGGCAUCACAGGGGCGGUGGGAGGCGUCUUGCGGCAGAUACCCCCCACCGUGGUCAAGCCCCUCAUUGUGGCCUCAGAAGCCACCUCCAACCUGCUGGGCGGGAUGCGCAACCAGAUCAGGCCGGAUGCCCGGAAGGAGGAGUCCCUGAAGUGGCGCUUGGACGAGGGUCAAGAGUGACAGUGGUGCUGCCCCGUGCCAUGGAGCCCGCCCAAAGUUGGGCCAUUCCUCUGCCCAGUGAGACAUUGCGCAGCCGCCGAAGGACGCCACCUCCCCUUCUGCCAGUCUGAACGAACUGUGGAGCAUGGCCGAGAAGAGCCUGGCGCCCCAAAGGCGGCAUCCCCGGCGGGGCUGGUGCCAUCUCCUACUGCCCUGCCCCCUUUUGUACUAUUCAGGGGGCACCCCCCCUCCCCUGCCAUCCACUUGGAGCAUGAGCUGCAGCUGCUCUCUCGGGGGGCUGAACAUUAAAGGACAUGACUUGUUUCCA